GCCCUUCCUUUCUCGUACUCUUCUCUGGACGGUUUCCGUGGAGCAGGACGAUCGACGGCGACCUAAGGCGGCUCAACGCCGGCAAGCCGUGGAUGGCCCGGCUGCGUGAGAAAACCGAUCCUCCACCCUUAUAUGGUCUCAAUGAUCCAGUGUUCACUAUUGAGGUUCAUCAUGGUUGAUUUUUCUGUGGUUUGGGAAGCAACAAAACAUAUAUUGAUGAUAAAAUUGACUUCUUUGACUUUUGUGUUGUUGAGGAAUGGUCAGUACUUUAUAUUGUGGAUUUGUUGGAGAAAUUGGGAUACCCCGACAGUACCAAGUACAAGGUGUACUGGUUGCUGCCUGGCCACACAAUUGCUGAUGGUCUUUUCUUUGUGUGCAAUGAUGAUAACCUUCAGAAGCUCAUUUCUUCAGUGCCCAGGGACAACAAUAUAGUUCUUUAUUUGGAUCAGAUGUAUUUGAUUGACAAUAGCAUAUGGGAUGAUGUGUUGAUAGAAGCAAAUGCUUCAGAACAGCCUAGUAUCAUUGUGAAUCAAUGCAAGCCUACAUAGCAGUUUUCAGGGCAGCCAGAGGGAGAUAUCACUCGCCAGAUGGAUGAGAAGCUGGAGAGAUUGCAGAAAUUUAAGAGCUUGAAGGAAGAUGGUAGUGACAGUGACAGGCUUGAUUCAGAUGCAGACUUUUUUGACAGUGACAAUGAUCCAUUUGAUGGAGAUGAUGAUUUGUUUGCCGCCUUUGUGGAUCAAGAUGUGAAAGAUUCAAUGAUCCCUGACAAAGGUAGACAGCAAGUUCAAGACAAUGAGGUGAAGGACAAGGAUAAGAAGGAUAAAAGGAAGAGGGAAGAUUCUGAUGGUGAGCUUGAAUUACCAGAUUCUGAAGAUGAGAACUUCAAGUUCAAGUUCAAGUCAUUCACAUCAGUGGACAUGAAGGAACCCGAGUUUAAAGUUGGAAUGUUCUUUUCAACUGUUGAGCAGUUGCGAUAAGCAAUAGAUGAAUAUAGCAUAAAAAACAGAGUGCCUGUGAAGAAGAUCAGAAAUACUAGAACCAGGGUUGAGGUGAUAUGUGUUGAAGAUUGUCCCUGGUGCUUGUAUGUAAGUCAUGACACCAGGUCCAAGAGUUUGCUUGUCAAAAGAUAUAUCAAUGAGCACACCUGCAGCAAAGAGUGGGCUAUCAAGGCAAUGACGGCUCCAUAUAUUGCCAAAAAAUAUCUUGAAGAUAUCAGAGAUAAUGAGACGAUUGAUGCACAAUCAUUGGGGAAAAAAGUGCAGAAGGACUUCAACUUGGCUGCUGGAAGAAUGAAACUACAAAGGGGAAAAAAGAAAGCAAUGACUGUUAUUAGAGGUGAUGAGGAGAAGCAAUACAAUUUGCUUUGGGAUUAUGCUCAGGAGAUAAGGAGAUCAAACCCAGGGAGCAGUGUCUUCCUAAACUUGGAUGUUCAUGGUUUGUUCCAGACUAUGUACUUCUCCCUUGAUGCUUGUAAGAGGGGGUUCUUAGAGGGCUGUAGGCCUCUACUUUUCUUUGAUGGUUGCCACUUGAAAACUAGGCAUGGUGGUGUGAUGUUGACAGCAAUAGGGAUUGACCCUAAUGAUUGUGUUUUUCCAAUUGCAAUGGCUGUGGUGGAUGGGGAGAACAAGAAUAGCUGGAAGUGGUUCAUGAACACUUUGAAGCGAGACUUGAACAUCAGCAACACUGCGGCAUAUACCAUCAUGUCAGAUAAGCAGAAAGGUUUGAUACUUGCAGUAGAACAAGAAUUUUCAGAUUGUCCACAUAGGUUUUGUGUAAGACAUCUGUACCAAAACUUCAACACGAUUCACAAGGGGGAAGUUCUCAAGGAUCAACUUUGGGCUUGCGCUAGAUCUAGCAACACAGAACAGUUGGAAAGAAACAUGGAGAAACUCAAGUUGUUGAGUCCAGAAGCACAUGCAUGGCUUGAUGGGCACCCAUCAGACCAAUGGUGUAGAGCCUUCUUUGAUUGUUUCUGCAAGAGUGACACACUAAUGAAUAAUCAUUGUGAAGUG